UGGAGGGAGGAGGAGGAGGAGGGCGGUUGCCCGACGGCUCGGCCCGGGUGCCCGCCAUGCCCAAAGCGUUCCUGGUGAAGAGGAGGAGCCCCGCCGCCGCCCUCCGCAGCUGGCAGGGGCUGCCCGACGAGGAGAGAGCCGACACCUACGUCCCAGUCAGCCUGCCCUGUGCCAUCCACGACGGACCCCAGGACGGUGCCCAGGACGGACCCCAGGAUGGCCCCAGCCACCCCAGCAGCGGCCCCGGCCCGCAGCCCCGCUCCACCCACGGCAGCCUUGGCAGCAGCAGCCUUGGCAGCAGCAGCCUUGGCAGCAGCAGCAGCAGCAGCAGCAGCAGCAGCUCGUCCCUGCAGGAGCCCGAAGGCGGGGACCUGCCCCCCUCGCAGCCGGGACCCCCGGGGUCCCCGAGAACCGCCGCCCCCGUCCUGCACCUCACCGUCAAACGCCCCGCCGCCAGGUCCAAAAUUAAGUUCACAACAGGCACUUGCAGCGAGGCGAUGAUCUACAACUGCGAACUAUGUGGCAAGGGCUUCCGUCUCCAGCGCAUGCUCAACCGUCACCUGAAGUGCCACAACCAGGUGAAAAGGCAUUUGUGCACCUUCUGUGGGAAAGGAUUCAAUGAUACCUUUGACCUGAAAAGACAUGUCCGGACUCAUACAGGUAUCCGUCCUUACAAAUGCGAGAUCUGCAACAAAGCUUUCACGCAGCGCUGCUCUCUGGAGUCUCACCUGAAAAAGAUCCAUGGGGUGCAGCAGCAGUACGCCUACAAGCAGCGGCGGGACAAGCUGUACGUCUGUGAGGACUGUGGCUACACGGGCCCCACCCAGGAGGACUUAUACUUACACGUGAGUGCCGUCCACCCGGGCAGCGCCUUCCUGAAAAAGACUUCCAAGAAGCUCGCUGCCAUUUUACAAACCAAGCUGACUUCUGUCCUGCAGAGGAACGCCAAGCUGAACGAGGAGAACGAAUGAGGGGCGUGUGACCGACGGCCCCCAGUUCACGUGGCGGCCGAAUCCGAUCUGGUUCAGUGAGGGCGGUAUUUAUUAACGGUGUGGCGUUAUGUGCUAGGUGCUGGGACCGGGCCGGGAUAAUCGGAUUCAGCCACAGUUGCUGAGCCGCAUGGGGAUGACGGUCUGAGAGGCGGGGAGACUGGGAAGUUGGGGAAACUGAGACACAAAAAGGUUAAGCGACUUCCCCAGGGUCCCACUACAGGGCAGUGGUAAGAGAUGGGACUUGGACUCACCUCACCCGAGUUCUAGGCCCACGGUCUCUUCCUCAGGCAAUGCUGCCUUCUCUCCUUCCCUCUCCCCCACCUCCCUUUUUAUUUUUUUAAAUUAAGGCAUGGCUUGGUUCCAGUUUAGUGGCCUGUUUCCCCUUCCGAAAUCAAGUUGCAGUGCAAGAUUGUGAGCCCCAUGGGGGACAGGGACUACUUCUGAUGUGAUUAUUUGAUAUCUCCGGCAGUGCUUAGCAUAUAAUAAGCACUAAAUAGUUACCCUAAGUGGAGAGGCUACGAUCCAGGAGAGAGAUGACUUCUUGGAUGGGGACGUCACAACUGACUGCAGUCGUGACUGUAAAAGUAGAUGUUUUAUCCAGUUGCCACAGUUGUACAGACUUUUUCGAAGACUGGAAAUGAGAUUUAAGGUGUCGUUAAAGGUAACCCCCUUUUUUAUUCCCUCGACCCCGGGUGUGGGUGCCUUAAAAUAAAUUAGCUUCAUUACGAUUUUAACCAACCAAACAAGAUGGUGUUUGUUAAUGAACAAUAAAGUUUACAGAAAUAUUUUAAGUAAAUAGAA